AAAUGUGGUAUUGUCCUGAGCUGGAAGAGGGUCCAAGGUGCCUCUGGGAAACUUCAAGCUUUUGGAUUCUGUGAGUAUAAGGAGCCUGAGUCCACGCUUCGAGCUCUCCGACUUCUCCAUGAGCUGCUUCUAGGUGACAAGAAGCUGCUGGUCAAGGUAGACGCUAAGACCAAGGCUCAGCUGGACGAGUGGAAGGCCAAGAGGAGGAGUGCCAAUGGGGGAACCACAGACGUGUCUAAAAAUGUAGAAGAAGAAGAGGCGGAGGUUCUCGAUGAAGAAACGCUGCAUCGAGAUCAGGUUGUGAAGGGGGCGAUAGAGGUCCUUAUCCGAGAGUACUCCAGUGAGCUUAACGCUCCCUCACAAGACUCCGAGGGCCAGCCUCGCAACAAAAAACGCAAAGAGAAGAAAGAGGAGGAUAUCAAUGCCAUGGAGUUGGAGGAUGACAAGAGAGACCUUAUAUCCAGAGAGAUCAGCAAAUUCAGAGACACACACAAGAAACUGGAAGAGGAAAAAGGAAAGAAAGACAAGGAACGACUGGAGCUCGAGAGGGAGAGGAAGGAAAGGGAUAAGGAGCGAGAGCGCGAGAGGGAGCGGCGCGACCGAGAGAAAGAGAAGGAGAGGGAGAGGGAACGAGAAAGGGACAAGGAACGGGAACGCGAGAGGGAGCGAGAACGGGAGAGGACGAAAGAGCGUGAGAGGAGUCGAGAUAUCAGCGAAGCUCGCAGCAGGUCGAGGGAGAGAACCAGAGAUGAGAAGAAACGAGAACGAGAGGAAGAUGAGGAAGAUGUGUAUGAGCGGCGGAGACUUGAGAGGAGGCUGAGAGAUAAAGAAGCUGCCUACCAAGACCGGCUCAAAAACUGGGAGAUCCGAGAGAGGAAGAAGGCUCGUGAAUACAACAAGGAAAAUGAGAGGGAGGACGAGAGGCGGCGUGAAAUGAUAAAAGAAGCCAAAAGACUGAAAGAGUUCCUUGAAGACUAUGACGAUGACAGAGAUGAUCCGAAGUAUUACAGAGGCAGCGCUUUGCAGAAGCGGCUCCGCGACCGAGAAAAGGAAAUAGAAAUGGAUGAGAGAGAUCGCAAGAGGGAAAAGGAGGAGCGGGAGGAGAUCCGGCAAAGACUUCUCGCUGAGGGUCACCCUGAUCCAGAUGCGGAGCUACAGAGAUUGGAGGAGGAAGCGUUGCGCAGGCAACAGCCACCUCUCAACCUCGAACCCGAGGAGGAUGCAAUCCAGGAAAAAAGUCACCGUGAUCGGGAAGUGGAGCGGAUUCGUGAACGGGACCGGCAUCACGAGCGGGAACGGCAUCACGAACGGGAACGGCAUCACGACCGGAACCACCAUAGUGAGCGGGAACGAGAGCGGGACAAGAGAGGUUCUGAGAGGCCCACGGAGCCAAAGUCUAAAGCCCCCCAGCCUCAUUCAGAUGAUGAUGAUGAUGAUAAUGGUGCUGCUGACAUUAAUGAAAGGCAUGAGGAGGACUAUCAUGAAGGGGAAGACUCCCAGGAAGCUAAGCCUCAGCUUAAACCUGUAAUGAGACCAAUCACCAUUGCCCCAUCAGUGUCUUCUGCUAGUGGGAAUGCGACUCCAAACACACCUGGGAAUGAUUCCCCCUGCGGCAUAAUCAUCCCAGGUGAGAGCACUCCUGACGUCCAGCCUUUAGAAGAAAACCGGCCCAAGAUCGGUCUCAGUCUCAAACUGGGUGCCACCAACAGCCCCAGUCAGCUCAAUCCUGGGAAGCGAAAGAAACUUGCAGCGGCAGACAGCGUCUUCAACAAAUUUGAUGACGAGGAAACGGAUGAGCAGCCUCGCAAGAGAAAACUAGUUCCUCUGGACUAUGGUGAUGAUGAUAAGAGUUUGGGACUCGAUGGGGCAGAGAUGUCAGCAGCCAAAGGCGGCAGCAUCAACACUGAGGAGAAACGAAAGCAUAUAAAGAGCCUUAUUGAGAAGAUUCCCACCGCCAGGCCGGAGCUCUUCUCCUACCCUUUGGACUGGACCAUGGUUGAUUCGACACUGAUGGAUCGACGGAUUAAACCGUGGAUUAAUAAGAAGAUUAUUGAAUACAUUGGGGAGGAGGAACCCACUCUGGUUGAUUUUGUAUGUUCUAAGAUAAUGGCACAUAGCACUCCCCAGGGGAUUCUGGAUGAUGUCGCUAUGGUUCUUGAUGAGGAAGCAGAAGUCUUCAUAGUGAAAAUGUGGAGGUUACUGAUAUAUGAAACAGAGGCUAAGAAGAUCGGACUGGUAAAGUAGAGACUUAAAAAACCUCGAAGCUUUCAGUUGGGCUAGCUACACUUUUUCUGGUCCACCAGAUGGUAAAUAUGUGCCCAUUCACCCCUCCAUUCCAUCUGCAAGGAGCUGCUACCUUGUAUGUAUGUGUGUGUGUGUGUGUUUGUGUGUGCGCCUGCGAGAGAGUAUGGGUGUUGAUAUCUGUAUGAUGAGGUUUGUGAACAGAAAAGGAUUGCACAAACCUUUAGCAUGGUAAAACAUUGGUGGUUUUGUUUUUUCUUGCGUCAAUGACAUUGUUAAAGAAAAAGACGGUUGCAUUUCACUGUCUGUUUUCCAGGUUGUUGAACAUCGUACAUACUGCUUUGAUUUACUGGUGUCCUGUGAAAGCUCUGCCGUAACGGGUGAAUUAAUAAACAUGCUUUUUAAAAUAAAAACGUUUAAAUGU